CGGGACAAGAGAAAUUAAAAUUAUAAUAACCGUUUAAUGUCGUACCGAGAAUGGGAGGAAGAUGCCAAAAUAACUGGUACUACAAGCUAUGCGGCGAAGAAAAAAUGGAAAAAUUUAAGUGACACAUUCGCAAAAGACUUGAAAAAAAUACGAAAACCUCAUUUUGGAGCUGACGCUGCUAUUGAACUGGUAUACACAGACACUUGGCAAUACUUUGAUUCCAUGCCAUUUUUAAAAGAUAUUUUAAAGCCGCGAGAAACAGAUGGGAACGUUGAGCCAGAACACUCAGCAAACAGGAAGUAUUUGGAUUUUCUAGACCCUGCAAAUUCUACUCCGGAUGACGAACUAGAUGUGAGGAAUGUAGGAAAUACCUUUGACAGCGCUGCUUACACAGACACUGGUGCUGAUGCCGACGAUGAGCCUGAACUUCAGGUUCCUAAAGUAACAUUUGCAACGAGACAUAAAUGUAAACCAAGAGAAGAUGGACCACACACAUUUCUCCAAUUAGAGAGAGAGAGAGAGAAGAUUAAAAUCCUGCGAAAGGAUGAAAAAGAUGACAAUGAAGAAGACCUCUUCUGGUUCAAGUGGAUAUUGAUAAAACAAUUGCCAUCAUGUAAUAAAUUACAUUUUAGGACGCAGAUGCAGGAGUUUUUGCUAAAGGAGUUGUAGAAAUUUAAUACCCUACAUACAAAUAUUACUAAACUUGAGGAAAUGUAAAAAAAA